AUGCCGAUUUCAGGACAUGAAGAGAGUGGGGUAAAGUCCUUUGCUGGUCAAUUUAGUGAUUUAGUUGCAGGUGUGCCAAUCAAGAAAAGGAGGUACCCACCUCUGUUUAGGUCUUCUUCUCCUCCUCCUCCAACUCCUUCUGGAGAACCGUGUUCAAUCACUGAAGUAACUGAUUUACAACGAAAAGAAAAUUCAAGCACUUCUCAAGGAUCGAGUCUAUCAAAUGUCAGUAUUGCAGGUGCACCCAUCAAGAAAAGGAGGUUUCCUUCUACACUUCAAGCUUCUUCACCUUCUUUGGAAGAGGCUUCAUGUCAAGCAAAAGGUCAUGCCUUGCGAAAGGAACAUUCAAGCAUGUCACUGGGUUCAACCCUUUCCACUAGUUCUGUUGGGUUGUCUGAUACCAUUGGAAACCCUGUAUUUGAAGAAAAGAAAUCAAGUUCUGAUGUUACCAUUGGAAACCCUGUAUUUGAAGAAAAGAAAUUGAGUUCUGAUGUUACCAAUGCUGACAUGGGGCAAAAAAAAUCUUUGCUUGAGCCCAAACAGGAGAAAUCAAACCCUGAAACUCCAUUGCCUACUUUGACUGUUGUGAAUAGCCAAGAGAAGGUGGUCCUCAAUGAAGGUAAUGAUUCAAAUUUGGGAUCCCAAUCAAUUAAGCCAAAUACAGAACUCUCAUUGGCUGCAAAAGAAGGUCCUGGAAUUAGCACUGGAGCGGAUGUGAGCAAACAAAUUGUCCAAGACACACUUAAACAAGAGAGUCCAGUAGUUUCUGGAAGUACUAGCCUAUCUUUAAGCUUUAAGGAGCACUUGUUUGCAUCUGUUACAAGUUCGGAAAUUAGCGAGUUAAAUCCCAAUCUUGAUAAAGGAGAACCUGUCUCACUGGAAUUAUCUUUGAGCAAGGAGGAAUGCAGUACUCAUAGUUCAAAUACUGAUGCUAAAAGUGAUAGUGACACUACUCGUGUUAAUAGCAGGGCUAACUGGGAUCUGAAUACUACAAUGGAUGCAUGGGAUGAAGGGAGUGAUGCCAGUUCUGUUAAAACUUCUAUUGAUGGGUUGAAUAUUACUCACAAUGCACUUGAUGAGAAACAGUUAACGACCCCCACUGGGAUGACACCACCAACAAGUGUUAUAUCUGUAACGCAAGCACGUAUAGAGAGUCAGAACAGAGCUUUCAUUACUUCACCGGGUCUGCAGUCUAAAUGUGUGCAUUCACCUGAUCUUCGUCUUUCAUCUUAUGUUCAGAAGCAUGUUGAGGAGCCCUCUAGAAUAUCUGUUAAACUAAAUUCAGGCAAUGCUACUCCCAUUGUUAGUUUGCCAAGUCUGACAGGUACUGCUGGUGAUGCAAAUACUGCUAGUUUUAGGUUGGUAAAGCCAGAGCCAUAUGAUGAUAAUUUAAAAAAGAAUUUGAAAGAAGUUAAUACUGGUCCUGUAGGUUCAUUAGACAUUGCUGCUGUAAAACAAGAAUUUAUUCAACAUUCAGUUAUCAAGCCAUCUAAUUCAUCCGUUAGCAAUUCAAAGUUGGUUGAUUCUACAUUCAUUAAAUCUGAAUCAAGUCACGAGGGUGGUCAGGAAAGAUCCAAAACAGCAGAGAGUACUGCUACAGGUCAGUUGAGUAAAGUGUUGCCACAAAUAUCGUUAAGUUCUUCUACUUCCAUGACUGGGUCAGUUGUAUUGAAUUCUACACAAGUUUCUGCAAAGGGAAGUCAUCCUGCUGUGAAAGCUGUCUGUACACCAGUAUUAACUACCAGUAAUAUAAUAGGUCAACCGGAAAAUUCUAGUUGCGCGGAAGGAGUUAAUGUUGAGAAAGUAUGUGAGGAAGUUUCUUCAAAUCCUGAGCACGUUCCUCUGGUAACAGUUGCUUUUCCUAUGGUUGGUACUGCUACAGAAUUGACUAAUCAUGGCUUGAAAUAUUCUUCUAUUGUUACCAAGAAAGAAAUUGCCGAUGAUCAUGAUGGUUGCAGAUUGAAACUCAUGAAUGAGCCUUCUGAUCCACGAGACAGUGGUGAAGGCUGUGUUAGUGAUGAAGAAAAGAUAACCUUGUCUGCUGAUAUGUUGGAAGAUGAUUCUUAUGGUUCUGAUUUAGAGUCAGAUGACAACCAUGCUGUAACUGUUGCUGUAGACAUUGGGCGUUACAUUGAAGAUGAUGAUUACGAGGAUGGUGAGGUUCGAGAACCACUGGUGCCUUCCAAAGUGGAGGACAUCAUAUGUGAGGUAAGAGAGGUCGAACAUCCUGACUUAGGUAAUUAUGAUAAUAAACCAGUGGAGAAAGGAGUUGUGAGUAAUGAUUAUCCCACUUCAUCUCGUGUGGUGGUAAAUGACAAUACGGAUGUAAUCCACAAUGAAAUAAUUGGUAAAGAUGGUGUGAACAUUCCAAUGCAUGAGAAGCUUGGUAAAGUCAUUGAUAAAAAUGUGUGUAUGCAAGAGUCAUUGGAUGGUGAAAAAUCUGAUAUUGCUGCUGAUAAGAGACCAGUUAAUGUUUUGGAAAGAAAACCAUUAGAUCUUUCAGAAAGAACAAUUGUCUCUGAAACUCAGGAGACUGUACAUCCUUCCCAUCAUGCCAUUGAUGGAAGCCAUGUGAUAGAUGUCCAAUGUGCUGAUGAGGUUCUGAAAACAACUGACACAGUUAGACAUACUGACUUUGAUUUUCCUAAGAUGGAAGGAUAUGCAAAUACUGAAGAUAUAACUAAAGAUGCUUGUAACAGUGGUAAUCAAGGAAGAAUAAUAGAUCUGUCACGAGCUGCUAGUUCCUCAUCCCCUGGUAAAACCAGGCCUAUUUCAGGCAGAUCACUUCCGACUCGAGCUGGAAGAGAUGUAUUGUCUGACACACUUGAUGGGGACAAGUUAUACAGAGGAAGAGAUGAUGUUUAUAUUGAUGCUCCCCAUAGAUUUUCAAGAGAAAGACAUCAAGACAGGAACUCUAGAUUGAAUUUUGGACGUGGUAGAGGAAGAGUUAAUAAUCGAAUUCGUGGUGACUGGGAAUCUGAACGUGAAUAUUCUGGUGAAUUUUACAAUGGUCCAAGCCAACAGUUCCGUGGCACUAGGUCAAAAUAUGCAUCUGCUAUUGAUGACUCCGAUCUGGAGUACAAUAAUGUUGGACCAGAUGAGUCAUAUGUUGUCAAUGGACGUUUAGGUAGAAAGCCACUGAAUGAUGGCUCUUACAUUGCACCAAGAAGAAGGUCACCUGCAGGUGGAAGAGAUGGCAUCCAAAUGGGGCAUAGAAAUCCAAGAGGGGUUAGCCCGAAUAGUAGAUGUAUUGGGGGAGAUGGUUCAGAGUUGGGUGGUAUGAGGCACAGUGAGAAAUAUAUGAGGGGUUUUGCCGAUACUCUAGAUUCAGUGUAUACACGCCCACAACAAUUUGAAGGAUUGGAUGGUCGAUUUUCAAGGGGAAGGGGCAGGAAUUUUUCUUCAAUGCAGAGAAGGGGUGGUCUUUCUCGCAUGCGUUCGAAGUCGCCUGUCAGAUCAAGGAGUCGUUCACCCGGUCAAUGGUCAUCUCCAAGAAGGAGAUCCCCGAGAAGAAGAUCCCCAGAUAGUUUCGGUGGCCAUCCUGAAAUGACUCAUAGAAGAUCACCAUUAUACAGAGUUGACAGAAUGAGAUCCCCUGAUCGACCUGUUUUCACUGGGGAGAGAGUGGUUAGGAGACAUGGCUCGCCUCAAUUUAUAUCACGACCUUCUAAUGAUAUGAGGGACAUUGAUUCUGCAAGGGACCAUGGUCAUCCAAGGCCUGUAAUUUCUAAUAGGAGUCCAUCUGGUAGGAUUUUAAUGAGGAACAACCGAAGAUUUGACGUUGUUGAUCACCGGGACAGAGCAGAUAAUGAUGAUGAAUACUUUGGUGGUGGCGGGCCUAUGCAUUCUGGCAGGAUGAUAGAGCAUAGUAAUAGUGAAGGAAAUGGUGAGGAGAGGAGAAGAUUUGGUGAGAGACGAGGACCUGUUAGAACUUUCAGGCCUCCCUAUAACAGUGCGAAUAAUAAUGUUGGUGAGAACUUUCACCUUAAUGCUGAAGAUGGACCUAGACAACAUUAUAGAUUCUGUUCAGACGAGUCAGAUUUUCAUGAGAGAGGUAACAAUUUAAGGGAAAGGGACUUUGAUAGACGCAUGAAAGGUAGGACUGGAAAUGGACCACCUAGAAGAACAAGAAACAUGGAUGAACAAGAAGAAAGUUUCAGGCAUGGCGGACAAGGUUGGAGUGAUGAUGGUUUUGAUGAUAUUUCCCGAGUGAAAAGGAAAAGAUUUUGA